AUGGGAUCGUAUGCACCAACUGUCAGCGACGACGCUCUGAGGCUCAAAAUGCCUGAGGCAAGAGAAUUCCUUGGUGGUGACCUCCUUGCACAGUCCAUAGCAGCUCUGGGCUGUGACGUGGCUUUCGGCCUGCAUGGAGGACAUCUUGAUGCUUUCCUGACCGGCUGUUCUGAUGCCAACAUUAGAUUGAUCGACACUCGCCAUGAAACCGUGGCAGUUCAGGCUGCGGAAGGUUACGCCAAAAUCUCAGGCAAGGUCGGCGUGUGCUUUGUGACCGCCAAUAGUGGAUCACCCAUCUUCUGUAUCACGUCGAGCCCACCACUGCGGGAUGCCGAAACGAACUGUUUGCAGGGCUUUCACGAUCAAGUUGUUUUGGCGAAGCCCAUCACAAAAUUCGCCCACAGAGUGACAAACGUCGAGGAGAUCCCUCGUAUAGUUUCGUACGCGUGGAGGACGGCUGUUGCAGGGGCCCCGGGUCCUGUUCUGAUUGACUUCCCUAUAGACAUUUUGUUCUCACCUCCACGACUUGAGAGCAUUGCGUGGGGAGCGAUCAAUCGUCCUCUACCCUAUGCUCCUGCACCUGCACCUGAGGCUGUGGAUGAAGCACUUCAACUUUGGACACAAGCGAAACGGCCAGUUCUUCUCACUGGAACAGGUGCUCGCGGGAAGGACUUUGCGAACCAGUUCCUAAAGCUGGCUGAAAUGACCAAUACACCAGUAUUUUACAGCUCGAAAUAUGGUAGUGUAAUACCAUAUGGCCACAAGUUACGUGGUGGACCUGCUAGUCGACUAGCUCUACUACCAAUGAUCAAAGAACAGUCCCCAGACCUGAUGAUUUUGCUGGGUGCAAGAACCGGCUUCUUGCUCGGUGGCCGAAGUGGUGCGAUCCUGCCAAAUUCAGGCUGCAAGUUCAUUCAGGUUGAUACCGAUGGUGGCGAAAUCGGCAAGAGUCAUGCGAUCGAUUGCGGCAUUGUGUCUAGUUCGCAGCAAUUUGUGCAUGCCAUGCUUUCUGCAAUCUCGCGUACUAACAACUUCGCAAGUUCUGAGGGAUGGAUCCAGACUGCAUCCUCUCUAAAAGACAUUCCAGGCGCGGCUGACAACGAACCUGAAGAACUGAAUUCAGGCCGACUACAUCCUGUUCAUGCAUACAGAGAGCUGUUCAAGUCAUUACCUGCGGGCGCUAUAGUGUGCAUUGACGGUGGCGAAGUCGGUCAAUGGUCGCUCGAGUUACUUGAACAUUCUCGUGCUAGCUUGGCCAUGGUUGCGACGGGUUACUUAGGGUUCUUAGGUAAUGGCUGGGGAUACGCUCUAGGCGCUGCUGUUGCAGAGCCUUCCAAACUGGUCUUGAACCUGCAUGGAGACGGAUCAGCCGGAUUCCAUCUGCAAGAGCUGGACACCUAUGCUCGAUUCAGUCUGAACAUCCUCACAGUCAUAGGGAACAACUACGCCUGGGGCAUGUCACAAGCAGGGCAGGAUCUUUUGUAUGGAGAGACUGUUUCAGCUCGACAAGCCUCCAAGCUCAGUCCACAUGCCGAGUACGAGACUGUUGCAGCCGGUUUGCAAUGUGCUUCAGCUCGAGUUGACAAGAUUGCUGACAUUCGAGGUGCCGUUGACAAUCUGCUCAAGGCUGGCAAGCCAGGCUUAUUGAAUCUCAUCGUCUCGGAUAAACCGAUACAUGCAGUGACCAAGUCAAUGCUGAACGUGGACGUUGGCAAGAACUGGAUCGUGGUGCCAUAUUACGAUAAUAUCCCGCGACCACAUUACGAAAUUUGA